AGCUGAGUGAGGCAACAGCAUCUCCCUGCCUGGCUCCUCAUACCCCUGUGGGCUUGUAUAUGCACGCUGCAGGAAAACAUUGCUGACCAGAAAUAUAAGGUUUGUAACUAGAAAGAAAGGGAGUGAAGAAAAAAAAAAGGCAACCAAGAAAGGAGAAGAAAAUAUGCUCAUUGGUUGAACUACAGCGACACAUCUCCAAUUGCAAACAUCUGCAGAGGUCGAUUCCAAAGACAUGGACACGUUGGUGGACGGGGAUUCGAGCGGAAACGACAGCCAGCAAGCGGCACAAGAAAUGCUGGAAGGCGGCAAGAUCCAAGGACUCAACCACAGUGACCCCCUGGACAUGUUUAUAGGCAUAGAGCUUCUUCUACGUUUCAAACCUCUCUUCCUCCCUCUGUACAGCCUCGUGGUGGUCGUGGCUGGUGUUGGAAACUCUGUCCUGUUGGCCUGCAUCUUGUCUGACAAGAAACUCCACAACGCCACCAACUUUUUCAUCAGUAACUUGGCAGCCGGAGACCUGCUGAUGUGCUUAAGUUGUGUGCCGCUGACUGUCUCUUAUGCCUUUGACAGCCGUGGUUGGGCUUUUGGGAGACCCCUGUGCCACCUGGUCCCCUUGCUGCAGUGUGCCACAGUGUUUGUGUCGGUGCUCUCACUCACUGCCAUCGCUGUGGAUCGCUACAUUGUCGUCGCUCACCCAGUGCGCAGGAGGAUCUCCGUGUGUGGUCGUGGUGCGGUGACGCUGGGCGUCUGGCUUUUGUCUCUGGCCCUGGCUGCGCCUCAGUCCCUCUACACACAGUACAUGGACCUGCGACCCAACGGCAUCGACCUAGUGGUGUGCGAGGAAUUCUGGCCGCACAGUGGCAACCUGCGGCUGCUCUACUCCUGCUUCACGCUCAUAGCCUCCUACAUGAUCCCGCUGCUGUCGGUCAGCGUAUCCUACUGUGCCAUCACUGUCAGCCUGAAGCGCUAUUCGGUACCCGGGGAGGCCUCCAACAGCCAGCAGCGCUGGAGCCGAAGGAAGAAGAAGACCUUCUCCCUGCUGGUGGCCUCCGUGCUGGCUUUCGCCCUGUGUUGGCUUCCCCUGCAGGUGCUGAACCUGCUGCUGGACCUGGACCCGGACUUUCACAUCAUCGGGAAGCGCUACAUAAACGUCUUACAAGUCUGCUGUCAUUUAGUGGCUAUGAGCUCUGCAUGUUACAAUCCUUUCAUCUACGCCUCUCUGCACAGCAAGGUGCGCAUGCACCUGAAAGGCUACCUCUUUCCCUGGAGCAGUCGACAGAGCGGGAUGGUGGAGAGGGUGACGUCCAGGAGCUGAUCUUUAGCCCGUACACACUAUGACACAACCGAUUUAGCAGCUCCUGACGGCCGAGACCUGCACCCAUUUAAUUAAAAUCAGAUUUCUCAAUUCUUUUAUGGCAUUUUGUGAGCUUAAAGGCAUUUGGACCACCGCUGUGUAGUGUUACUAGAAGCAGAACUUUAUGAAGAAUCAACUAAACAGAUCCAAAUCAGGCUGCAGUUUAGUAAUUUGAUGAAGAAGAUUAAGCCAUCUACUGGGAUCCCUGUGUUUUUCUUUGAAGGCAGAGCUGCUGGCGUAGACGCUAAAAAGAUCCUGCACCCUUGAAAAUGUCAGCAGGGGUAGAAACACAUUGAGUUCUGCAGCAGACACACAGACCAGAUGUGGCUUUGCUGUUUGCAUUGCCUGGUUAUACUAAAUACUAUACAACAGUAAAUGCUCGACUUCAGAGAGCAGACGUCAACAAACUUAUCCCAGAACACAUGAGUUACAGACCAAUAAGACGACUUCAUUUGGCUCCUGGUCAGUAAUGUAACUCCUUUAUUAACGAUCCUCUUCGUUAUACUACAAUGUGACAUUUUGGCACAUUACCUGGGCAUUUUCUUUGUCAUUAUGUAGUAAUUGUUCCCUAUGGUUUGGCUCCACUGUCAAACCUUCUGUGUUACCUGUGCACAUGAAGAGUGUGUUUGUGCAUGUGUGUAUAGGGUGUACAGUUUGUGUGCACCUCAAAACAUUGCUGGAAGAUUAAAUCUGCAGCUUAUAUUUCACCAUUGUGUUUGUAAAAUUGACUCGAUGCCAAAAUCAUAAAUGUGAUUCCUGAUGAACUGACUUCUAUUGCAUUUGCUUUGUCUGGAUAUAAAGGCCAUACAGUAUUAUAGUAAUAUUCAGUGCAUUAACAAUAAAGUCCCAUUAAGUAUAAUUGA